AACACAAAAGCGAACCAAAACAAAACCGCAAAAAACGCUAUUCCACCUAUAUUAUGCGACAAUACUAAUUUCCUCCCUUCAGCUUCUGCUAAAUUAAAACCACUGACGUGGGCUACCUUUUGUCGCGUUCAUCACUAUAACAGCAUUGCGGAAGCGCGUCCAGACAGGGCACAAUUCUCCAAACAAAAGCAACAGCUGACAAGAGGAUCAUACAUCUUGGCAGCUUACAGAGUUGACAAGAGCUUCUCCAGGACCUUGUGGAAACAAGAUGGAAGGAUUCCUCGUAUAUCUGAUGAAGUAGAGCCCUCACUAGCACACUCCCACCCUCCAUUUCCUCUACCCUCACUUACAAAGGCCUCGGACCUGUUUGCCAUGAUCGAGAGGAUGCAGGGUUGCAGAAUGGAUGAGCAAAGAUGCCCCCUCCCUCCCCCCCUCAAAACAGAAGAGGACUACAUCCCUUAUCCCAGCGUUCAUGAGGUUCUUGGUCGCAUUAGCCCUUUCCCACUCAUCCUGCUGCCCCAGUUUGGAGGCUACUGGAUCGAGGGGACCAAUCAUGAGCUUAAAGACCCACCGGAGGCUGAUCAACCCCCCUGUCCUACCUCCCACAUCAAACUGGAAACAAAGAGCACCGCCAAGAUCUACAGGAAGCAAUUCAUGGGCAAGGAACACUUUAAUUAUUACACCAUGGAUGCUGCCCUGGGCCACUUGGUCUUUUCCAUGAAGUAUGAUGUCAUUGGGGAUCAGGAGCAUCUGCGCUUGAUGCUUCGCACAAAGCUAAAAACAUACCAUGAUGUGAUUCCCAUUUCCUGUCUUACCGAGUUCCCCAAUGUGGUUCAGAUGGCCAAGCUUGUUUGUGAAGAAGUAAACGUGGAUAGGUUUUACCCUGUCCUCUACCCAAAGGCAUCCAGGCUCAUUGCUACCUUUGAUGAGCAUGUGAUCAGCAACAACUUCAAGUUUGGGGUUAUUUAUCAAAAGUUUGGCCAGACAACAGAGGAGGAGCUGUUUGGGAACAUGGAAGAAAGCCCUUCUUUUGUCGAGUUCUUGGAGUUUCUGGGCCACAAGAUUGAGCUUCACGACUUCAAAGGAUUUCGGGGCGGGUUGGAUGUCACUCAUGGACAGACAGGGACAGAAUCUGUCUACACAAAUUUCCAUAAUAAGGAGAUUAUGUUCCAUGUGUCCACCAAGCUGCCUUACACAGAGGGAGACUCACAGCAGCUGCAGAGGAAGAGGCACAUAGGCAACGACAUUGUAGCCAUCGUGUUCCAGGAGGAGAACACGCCCUUUGUACCAGACAUGAUCCAGUCCAACUUCCUGCAUGGGUAUGUGGUGGUGCAGGUGGAGAACGCGUGCACGGACAAUGUCACCUACAAGGUGUCUGUGACAGCACGGGAUGAUGUACCUUUCUUUGGGCCAGCUCUGCCUAACCCUGCAAUCUUCAAAAAGGGCCCAGAGUUCCGUGAGUUCCUCUUCACCAAGCUCAUCAAUGCAGAGUACGCCUGCUACAAGGCUGAGAAGUUUGCCAAACUUGAGGAGCGCACACGUUCAGCCCUGUUGGAGACUCUGUACGAGGAGCUGCACAUAAACAGCCAGUCCAUGAUGGGUCUGGGUGGAGACGAAGAUAAGCUGGAGAACGGGGCCGCUGGAGGGGGGGGAGGCUUCUUUGAAUCCUUUAAGCGGGUCAUCCGCAGCAGAAGCCAGUCUAUGGACGCCAUGGGCCUCAGUAACAAGAAGUCACACACAGUCUCCACUAGUCACAGUGGCAGCUUUACCCACAAUCCCGCAGAGAGCCCCAAAACCCCAGGGAUUUCAUUGCUUGUUCCAGGGAAAAGUCCCAGUAAAUAUGGACGCCGAGGCAGUGCCAUAGGGAUAGGAACAAUAGAAGAGUCAUUGAUCAUUCCUGGGAAAAGCCCAACCAGGAAAAAGUCUGGGCCCUUCAGUUCCCGUCGCAGCAGUGCCAUUGGCAUCGAGAACAUCCAGGAGGUCCAAGAGAGGAGCCGAGAGGUGUCACCCAGCACCCAGAGGACACCGGAGGGCAGCCUCUUUUUGCAGUCAGACAACUCCUCCAAUCACAGCUCUCCAGAAUUCCCUGCAACUAAGAACAGUUUGGCGAUGUGUUGCAGGGCGCCGUCCAUCCCCGAGGCUCAGGACCUUUCCCGCUCCUCCUCCAACGCCAGCAGCUUUGCCAGCGUAGUGGAGGAGCACGAGAACGAGCACGAGGCGGAGGACGAGUACGACACUGGACUGGAAAGUGCGUCUUGUGUUACGCCACUCAAGGGAGACUCAUUUGUGUACAGCUCUGCGGUGGAGGACAGUGCCUGCAGUACCAGCCAGGGAAGUUUCCCAGCAGCGUCUCGUCUUCAGCAGCAACCAGAUGGAGCGAAGACAUCAGAGCCGAAGGGGACAGACAGCCGGCCCAAGACGGAGCGCCCCUCGCAGGAGCACUAGUUCUCAUCGAACUGUUAGACACACACACCUGAUCACUGCAUCGACAUCCAUUUUCAGCAUUCCCAUAAGAGGCACCGUUUACCAAAAACAAGCCAAGGGUAUGUGAACUCCACCACUGACACAGAAGAGGAGUAGAGUUAGAAGCCAGAUCUCAGAGACUGGUAGAUCUUCCUUUGUAUGUUUGGCAUGGAUUUGCUGCCUGUCGUGACAGACACCCAGCUCCAUGGACAUGUACCUACCUAUCGCCCUCAUUCCAGCUCCAUGUGGAACCCUCCUUGAAUGCUCGAGGCAAAGGAAAAGAGACGUCCACAACCAUGCAGCAUCACUACUGACUGUCAUCCGUCAGCCGGCUUGGCAGGAUAAGUCUGGCUGCUUACUAACUUUCAGGCCAGGACGUUUUGAGACGUAAUUCUUACUUUAAACACUCAAAUGCUGUCCUCUUUAAGAGAUCAGGGUUUGAACAGGGGUUUAAUCUUGGGUCUAAAAGAGUCGUGAAAGAAAUCGAGACCGAUCAAAAAACUGGUGUUUAUUUAGCUUGUGAUACAGUCUAUAGAGAGGAGAGUUGCACUAGAGAGAAACAUGUUUUUAAUGUCAACCUCACAUCCCACUGUGAUAUUGUACAUGGGUUAAACUUUGAUGUACUGUGUGUGUGUGUGCGUGUGUCUGUGUGUGUCUGUGUGUGUGUGUGUGUGUGUGUGUGUGUGUGUGUGUGUGUGUGUGUGUGUGUGUGUGUGUGUGUGUGUGUGUGUGUGUGUGUGUCGGGGCUGCUUUUUGUGUUUUAUUGAUGAUCUAUUAUUCCGAGUAUUCUGCAGUGGAUAUUUGUCGUGUUUCACGACAGCUUUGGUAAAUCUGUCAUGUUUUUAAUGGAGGGUACUCCUGUGCUGCUGUUGUUGGUGGCUGUAAUAGCAUAAUAGCAUCAAUCGCCUUCCUCCUGGUGGGGGGGGGGGGGAUUAAAAGAAAGCAUUUGCAAUUUUUAAAUUCAAAAUUUUAUUAUACAGUUAAGUCUGUAACAAAACAUAUUUUAACGUAACCGUAGAUUCUAUUAAUGCUUUAUAGUUAGAGUAUAAAGCGUAAUUAUGGUAAUGCCCCAACCAGCAACAUGCAUUUCCAGUCCCCACUUCAAGGUACUGCUGUUUAGACCUUUGUCUCCAAAUACUUUGUCACACACCACUUGUUGAUUUGAUGUCUGUGCACAGGUGU